AUGGUAAUGAGUACAGAAGAAGAAUACAGAAUGCAUCGAAUUGCUAUUUAUUCAAUUGUUCUUUUCUUUGAAGUUUUCGGAUUAUUUGGAAAUGUUAAUUUGAUUGUUGUGUUACUGAGAAACAAGAUGCUGCGGUCCAAUUUUGGAUGUAUAAUGCUCGCACUUGCGUUUUUCCACACUAUCUGCUUAAUCUUCGAGCUUAUAAACAUGGGAUACGGUAUUCUUGCAGUAGCCAUACCAUUCAAGUAUAGGAACUUCAAUUUGUCUUGGUAUCUACCUUUCUUGUUUUUUCUACCAGUUUGCUAUGCAAUCGGAAUAGCUACAUCUGCAAAAAUACUUCUUGAUAAUUCGGAAAUUUUGAUGUGCAAUCCCCCCUCAUCAAUGGUUCCAUCUGUCCGUGAAUGUUGGUAUGAGAUAAUGCUCACUUUCUCUUUUCUGACUGUUAUAUUUUAUUCGGGUGCACUCGGAUUAUUAUCCAUUAAAAUGCGUCGCAAUUCAUCAGACAUUCGCCUGAUUGAGAAAAAAGCACUGCGAACCCUGAAAGUUCUCAUUGUUAUCUUCCUGUUCACUCGAUUCUUCUCCACGGGACUCGCCACGUUGGUAUCUGUUCUGAAAGUGAAUCCAGAGUAUAUUGCUCUUGUACAUAAUUACAACGUAAUCCCAGCAAUGGCUGCUUACUCUCAAAACGCCUACGUCUGCUUCUUCCGAAGUGAAGAAUAUCGUCGACUGCUCACUGAACAGAUUUCAACUUACAUGCCUUGUAUUAAAGCAGUAUUCCCAAUCAAGUCAGCUGAACGGAGUACGAGUUUCAAACGAGGAGUCACUGUUGUUAAAUUCUAG